CAAAGAAAUAAUCACAGUCACGAUUGCUCCGUGUCUCCCUCCGCUCAAUCGACACCGCGCGAGAGAGACACAAUUCAACAAUGGCAUCCCGCCGAGCUGUCGUGGCAUUGGGGGCCACGAGAAAGUCCCUGGCCACCACCGGCUCCUUCGCGGCCAGGAAGAAUUCACCUUCGUUGAUUGUUCAGUCUACUCAACGCCGAUGCACCGGAACUUCCUCCUCGACUUCUGCGCUUGCAUACAAAGCUCUGCACAGCCGCAUUGCACCUCUCCCGACAAAUGAGAACCCACCGCAGUGGUCGGCCUCUGCUGCCGUGUCAAGCAUUCUCUACGAGACGCCCUUGCCCUCCGCGGCCCCGCAAAAACGGCACGUUUUGAACUGCCUUGUUCAAAACGAGCCUGGUGUCUUGUCCCGCGUUUCGGGCAUUCUGGCAGCACGAGGAUUCAACAUUGACAGUUUGGUUGUCUGCAAUACUGAGGUUGAGGAUCUUUCCCGCAUGACAAUUGUCCUGACCGGCCAGGAUGGCGUUGUUGAGCAAGCACGUCGCCAGCUUGACGACUUGGUCCCUGUUUGGGCUGUCCUCGACUACACUGAUGCUCCUCUCGUACAACGUGAGCUGCUGCUGGCCAAGGUUUCUAUCCUCGGUCCCGAAUUCUUCGAGGAGCUGCAGGCUCAUCACCGUGAGAUGACUGCCGAAGACGCCGAGUCGCUCGAGCGCCUCCGAGCCGGAGAUGCCUCGGGCAGGGCCAAGGAAAUUAAGAAGGAUUUCCACCCCAGCAAACUGGCUGUCAGCCAGGCCUUGCGACACAAGCAUGAGCAUCUGGAGGCUAUCACCCACUUGACUCACCAAUUUGGUGGCAAGGUCUUGGAUAUCAGCACAAACAACUGCAUCGUGGAAGUCUCCGCCAAGCCUACCCGUAUCGACUCCUUCAUGAAGCUUGUUGCUCCCUUUGGAAUCAUGGAGUCUGCUCGGACAGGACUCAUGGCUUUGCCUCGAUCUCCUCUGCACGCCCCGACGGAAGAGAUUGAAAAAGACGCCGGCGAAGUCGUCGACGCCAGCACUCUUCCCCCUGGAUAAACUAUCAACGAACUUUUCUAUAUUGGUAUUAUUUUCUUUUAAAAGGAUAGUUUGAUUUUCUUUUAUUUUCGGCAUUAAAUCUCAAGUACCAUUCUAGCUCCUUUGUAUUUUUACAUCUGUGUCAAUUCACAUACCUUCAGGGUUAGCAUUGAAUCUACUAUAAUUUCUCUAUAUAAUUCUUCAGCUCAUUUGCUUCAGUUGACUAUUCCCACUGAUUCAUGUUGCGGGUCUCGAAUUGAAUCGCCGCAAUUAUCAAGCACAUUUGCCACUGACGAUCAUCUUUUGUGUAUUAUAAUGGUGC